AUGGCGGUGAGGGCCAUAAGGGGGUACCGGACGGUGUCCGGCGAUGCGGCAUGCGCCCUGGGCGGAGCCCCACCGUGGGAACUCGAGGCUUCUGUCCUUGAGGCGACCUAUCGGUGUCGGGCAGACGCCACGGAUCGCGGGGAGCGCCCCUCACCGGAGGAGCUGACGAGGGUGCACCGAGCCGCGAAGCACAUGCCCCGGAGAGAGUGGGUGGAGAAUCUUCAGUCAGCCGGGUACGGGACGCGCACAAUCCAGGCGCUGCACCCGGUCCUGACCGUCUGGAGGAAGAGGAAGUUCGGGUCGUUGACCUACCGGCUCGUGCAGGUGCUUACCGGACAUGGAUGCUUUGGUGAUUACAUGCACAAGUUUGCCGGGAGGGAAGCGACCCCGGAGUGCCACGCGUGCGGAGCUGCAAGUGAUUCGGCGCAGCACACCCUAGAGGUGUGCCCAGACUGGAGUACUCAGCGGAGCACUUUCGUGGUGGAGAUGGGAAGUGAUCUCUCGCUGCCUGGCGUGAUUAAAGCCAUGCUGAUAAGCGUGAGGUCGUGGCAGGCAAUGGUCGCCUUCUGCGAAGAUGUCAUGUAG